AUGGGAAUAGAGUGGCGUUUCAUUCCACAACGCGCCCCAUGGUACGGGGGAUGGUGGGAGCGACUUAUUGGUUUAACGAAAGUCGCUCUGAAAAAAGUACUUGGCCGAGCAUACGUCACACUUGAGUCUCUACAGACAAUCGUCACAGAAAUCGAGGCUGUACUUAACGAUCGGCCAUUGACAUAUGCAUCAACAGAUCUUAACGACCCCGCGCCCAUAACGCCGUCACAGCUGUUAUACGGUCGCCGAGUUACAACGCUGCCUCACGAUGAAGUCACAGUCGAUGCCGGGAGUACUGUCGCUGCAGCCGACCAUGCUGCAUUUAACCGCAUGGCAAGGCGACGUGAGCUGCUCAUACAACAGUUCUACAGACGCUGGAAGACUGAGUACCUGACGUCACUCCGCGAGCACCACCGAAUGUCUGGUUCCAACACGCAGACGAUCAACACCGGGGACGUGGUGCAGAUCCAUGAUGAUGGCCCUAGAUGUCGAUGGAAACUUGCCGUGGUCGUCGAUGUUGUAACCGGAAGGGACGGACAUGUUCGCGCGGCCAAAGUGCGAACCAGUAAUGGACUGUAUACCCUAAGGCCAAUAGCAAAACUUUAUCCACUGGAAGUGAAAAGUGCCAAUGGAAACUGA